CAGGGAGCCCCUUCCCUUCGCACUUAUAUAACAGAAGAGCCACAAAAAAUUCGCCUCUCAUCCUCAUCAUCUUCACAGACGCUCCAUUAUUUUUUUUUUCUUUACGGGAAAUUAGGUGAAUUUUUAUGAUAAUUGAAUAAAUUGAAAGGGGAAAAAUAAAAAUCUAUCGGUGGAAUCGGGAAAUCUUGUAGUGAAUUCGAGUGUUGGUAGCUAUGGGGAAGAAGAGGAAAUCGAUAGCCACCAGCCUGGACGAGGUGGAUCGGACCAUGUACGCGUCGUUUUGCAGCGCUGCUAACUCUCUCUCUCAGCUCUAUACUCAGGCUAUGAACCACCAGAAACUUUCCUUUCAAGCCGGUGAACGUCACGGUCUUGAAAAACUUUAUCAGUGGAUUUGGAGACAACAAGAGGGAGGAUCGAGAGUAGCAACAGUUGAUAUACUCAAUUAUAUUCAGAAUGAGCUGGACUAUUGCGGAGAAGAGCCUCCAAUGUCCCCCCGAGCACCACAACAACAUCAGAAUUCCCAACCAAUUCAGUUCUCAAAUUCCAGCUUCCUCGUUUCAUCAGGUUCAUCUGGCCCAAUAACUGCUAGCCAAGGCACUCGCUCUGAGCACUGUGAUCAACAAUCCAAGAAUUCAGUUUUCUCAAAUGCUUUGUCAAGCCCUGUCCGGAGGAGUCUCCAGAACUACAACAUUGCUCAGGGUGGCUACUACCCACCUCCACCUGGUGGUCCACCGUUAGGAAAUGGAACCCGCAGUAACGAGCCCAACUUUCUUCAGCACCAGAACAGGGAGCCAAAUCCUGCAAGUUCCAAUGAUUCUUCAAUGGACAUCUAAGAUAGUAGGUGAAGAAGGUGGUUAAAAGAAUUGGGAUUUAGAUUUAAGGUUGUGGCACAUGGAAAUGAUUACUUCAUACAAGAAUAAUUGCAUGAAGGUGUUGAAGUGCGUGGAGAAGAAUAGGUAGAAAUGGUGUGUGAGUUGUCAUUAGGGCAAAAUGGUAUAUGAGGAACAGCAUAACCUAUUAGUUAAUCUUUUAUUGUCUUUUUGAAUGCUUAAGAUUGGUCUUUUAUAUCAUGUAAAGCUUGUUGAGUUGACUUUGCUGCUUAUAAUAUUUGUUGCAUUUUAUCUUU